UUGGAAGCAGGAUACCAAACUAGUUUUGAGUUUGGUGUCUGCGCUUAUCCACAUACCGACAACAUCUUUAUUCCCCUAGAGUGCUCUCACCCUAAGCCUUUGGGCUGGCUGCAAAGUCUUUCUAGCUGCUGAUAGCAGCUUCCAGUCAUCACAAUGGGCUUUCUUAGACUAUUCAGCAAGAGGUCGGGUAACAAGAGCAAGAUGGAUGUGUCUCCCAAAUCGUUAGAUUAUGAGGCUAUGGUUGCUGGAGCACCCCCAGUUCUAGGAACGAAUCCGGCACGAGGAAAUGGACCGCUCCAAAUCAAGUUCCUUCCGCGAGAUGUCAGCGAUGCCCAGAUUGCCGCCAGAGCCGAUGGGUUAGUGACCGAUGGAUUCCCAAUGCCAAGUCCCGUCACCCCUAGCUUUCGAGCGGAGGAUAUCGAGCGACCAAGCUCAGCCCCGAAUGGGCUUCGGACACUUUCUCGCUCGUUAGGGGCCGGUGGCAGCUUACGAGUUACACGAGGUGCGAAAAGCCUCCUCAAGAGACCACCUCCACUUUCAUUCCGUAUGGCCAGACCCGAGACUUCACCACGUCCCCGAUCAAUUUCUCAGAAUGGGAUCGAUACCAUUGUCUUCGCCCAGCCACAAGUUGCUCCUUCGGUACAUUCAAGAAGUAACUCUAUUGUCAGCAAUACCGGAAGCCGUUACAGAGAUAUAAUCGAAGCGCACUCUGAAAUCAAGCCCAUCAACUUCAAGAUACGAAUGAAAGCUACAGGCAUCAGAGAUUAUGGCGAGGAUGUUGCAGAGAGGAAUCUGGGAGAAAACGGUCACAACCUGGACUCACCCUCGGUCAAGGCAUUUUAUGCUCGUUCCUCCAUGAUCUCAGAAAAGUCAAAAAUGGAUGAGAUCACAAAAAGGCUUGAAUCGGAACCGAACAGCCGUAGAGCCAGGGCACCAGCGGUGGCUUUGAAUCUUCCUAUCGAUUUGUCGACCAGCUCGACCAUCUCCCAGACCUCGCCGCGGGCAAUAACAUCCUACGAACCAACAUCUCCUUCCUACGCACAUCCGGAUAGAACGCUUUCUCUAGAUGAUACCGAAGUGCAUGAUCACCCUCCUGUCAUCGAAUGGCCCCUCAGGACCAUCGCUGCUAGUACGCUGAAACCGUCUGCUGGGGAUGCUACUCUGUCUUUGAAACUGCCACAGACUAUCAAAUCUACACCAUUAUCCCCAAACGAGGAGCAAUCGGCCCCAAGAGGCCAUAGCCCUUUAUCAAAUGCAUCGUCAGUGAAGUGUUUUGCGGUGAACCCCGAAUACCAUCACGAGCGAUCAUGGUCAAGCUCAUCCUCCACUGUCUCGAUUUCGGACAUGAGAUCCAACCCGUCUUCGCCUUCAAGAUCCCAACAUACAGCCGAUACCUCGGUUAAUUUGAGCCAAACUUCGUUCAAGAGCGCUACACCAUUACCGAGCUUGACAUUUCUCCCGAUACCAGAAGCUCCCGAUAACUUCAACAUUGACGACUACAUAUCAACAGACGCGUCCUCUAUCAAGGGACACCAACGUCACACCGGCGAAAGCGAGGAAGAGCUACUCUUCAAUGACUUUGGCUAUGGUGCACAUGGUACACAGCUACCCGGGCUCUUGGACUCGAGCACCCUCUUUGAGCGGGAAGCCACAGUUCAGAGCCAGCAUUGCCGUUGCUCCUCAUGGACCACUACUCCGAUCAAUGCCGGUUCGUUUGGGAGGGCAGUCGGACAACAGAGGUAUGUCCUCGACACAGGUGUCGAAGAUGAUUCAGAUGAGACAGACUAUAAAGACUCUUCAAUGUUGAUGUCCCCUAUCCCUCUUCAUUCGCCUAAACCCCAACACCUUCACACUCUCAGCGGAGAUAUCUACCAUGGAGUGGUGGGCCAUGUUCCACGAACUCGGACGUUUGGGAGUGAUGGAACCUUUUCGUUGCAAGGGUCGCGAGGAACGAAGAGGACACCGGUUGUCUUGAACUGUCGUGGGAUACAAAGUUCGGAGAUGGCUAUUGCUAACAGUGAAACUCGUCCUAUCACCCCUAUUUCUCCCAGAAACCAGAGCAAGGAUAUCGCCGAGAUCAAGACACCCGAGAAUACAAAGAGCGAGAAAGGGAAACAAAAGAUGCAAGAGAAAGAGGAUGAAGAUAAGGAGCAGCAAAACGACACGAGCAACAAAAAAUUGCUUCCUCCAUCAACGCCAGACGCUACUGUCACUGCCGCUAUGAAGCGAAGGAAACAAAUCAAAGCGGGCAAGCGGGCAACAGAGCCGAUCAGGAAACGAAGACCCCCAGGGCACGGACAAGGGGUGAUUAGUAGCCCCAAGAGCGCCAAGAGUCCAUCAAAGAGUCCCUCAAAGAGUCCAAGGAUAGCAAGUAAGAGGUUGAUGCAAAGAACGACGUCGAUGGGGGCUGGGGGAGGUGAAUGCUCUGACGAGGAACAUCAUGCGGAUAUUGAGGGAUAAGGGUGAUAGGAUAGCUACCUAGGGUAGAGUUGAGGUCAGCUACGUUGUGGUUUUUGUGGUUUCCUUUGUCGAAUGAUCCGGGACUUUUCAUUUUGUGGGUUGUGGUGAGGCGGGAGGUGUGGUUUGUUUGGUCAAAAGUUGGGGUCUGGCUAGCGAUUUGUCUAUUUUUCAUAUUCAUAUAUUUCGAGGUUGGGAGGAGUUGUCAGCACCACAUGAUGCUCAUUACCUCACAUCAAGUCUAGACCUACACAAUCUUUACCAUCUGCUUUGU